AUGAAUAGUAUAAUAAGACAAGGUGCUUUGAAAAUCGGUUGUUGCAGCGGUUAUACCGUGGUACCCAAGAACGACCCCUUAUCUUUGUUAGCACUUGCGCGCCAGCUAGACGUGGACGUUUUGUUGUGGGGUGGUACCCAUAACGUUGAAGCUUAUACCUUGGAAGGGAAAUUUUUUGUUAAUCCUGGCAGUUGUACCGGAGCUUUCAACACGGACUGGCCAAUCGUAUUUGAUGUCGAGGAUAGUGAUGAAGCUGUCACGUCAGAGGUUGAGAAAAAAACUGACGAGAAUGAAUUCAAGCAUGAAGAUGAUUCUGCCAAGGGAGAACCAACAGAUAAGGAGCUAUCCGAGGCUGACAUAACUAAAGAAGGUACAGAUGAGAAGAGCGAAGUAAAUUCUAAAGGCCAAUUUAAAGAAGACGAAGUUAAUGUAUCAGAUUUGGAUGUCAAUGGGUCUAAUUCGCCAAGUUUUUGUCUCUUGGAUAUUCAAGGAACCACUUGUACGUUGUACAUCUAUCUUUACGUUGAUGGAGAAGUGAAGGUCGAUAAAGUGGUUUAUGAGAAAGAUUAG